AAACAAACGUCAUAAAAUUAAAAAGUGGAGUGAUCAACAAAAGAGUUAGUUGUUAGGUACCUACUGCCACCAAGGAAUAAAUCUUUAUUAAGUCUAAGUUAUAUAUGUACAAAAAUGUCUAAAAGAAGCGUUAUAUUUCAUCCCAUAAUAAGUUCUAUUCAGCGAAUCGCUCUAUAUGAAACGAAAGCGAGAUUUUAUUUGAUUGGAUCCAACAAUACUCAGACAAGAUUCAGGGUGCUGAAAAUAGACAGGACUGAGCCCCGGGAGCUCAUUCUUGUGGAUGACAAGGUGGAAUAUAACAAGCAGGAGAUUCAUCAACUGCUGAACAUGAUUGGUUUUGGAAACCGUUCUGGAAGAACAGGAGGCUUCAAUAAAUUGGUUUCUGCUUUUGGUAUUGUAGGAUUCAUUCGGUUCCUUGAAGGUUACUACAUAAUACUGGUGACAAAAAGGAGAAAAAUAGCUAUGAUUGGAUCACAUUCAAUUUAUAAAAUUGAAGACACUGCAACUAUUUACAUUCCUAGUGAAAACACCAAGCCACAGCACCCUGAUGAGCAGAGAUAUCUGAAGAUGUUCCAAGCAAUAGAUUUAUCAACAAAUUUCUACUACAGUUACAGCUAUGAUAUUACGCAUACAUUACAAAUGAAUAUAGCACCUCCGAGGCAGUUGGCUCCAGUCUUGUUCCCGAAACCUGAUACUGCCGUGGUGUAUGGCUCUAAUUCUUCACAGAGUGAGGAGGAAAAAUGUACUUGUAGUUCUAGCAUUGAUGAUGAGGAAGAUAUAUUUGAAACAUGGAAAAGCCAGAUUCAACAAAGACAGGAAAAAUCUGGGGAACAUUCAACGCUGCAGUUUGGAGUUCGAACAGUCCCUGAAUGGCGUUUUGUGUGGAACAGCCACUUAUUGUCAACAGUGCAUUCCCAUCUCCACCCAGACUGGAUACUUUACAUCAUUCACGGUUUUGUGGAACAGAGUAACUUGAACAUAUUCGGGCGACCGAUCUAUUUAACUCUCAUAGCGAGGAGAAGCAAUAGAUAUGCAGGGACAAGGUUUCUCAAAAGAGGCGCUAAUAUGCACGGGGACGUCGCUAACGAAGUGGAGACUGAACAAAUUGUUCAUGAUUCUAUGGUGUCUUCGUUCACGGCUGGAAGGUUUAGUUCCUUUGUGCAAAUGCGAGGUUCGAUCCCAAGUUAUUGGUCUCAAGACGUCUCAAAAAUGGUGCCCAAGCCGGCAAUAUCGAUAGACUUGAGCGAUCCAUUCGCAGAGAUACCCGGCAAACAUCUCAACAACUUGUUACGGAGAUACGGAUCUCCAAUCAUGUUUCUGAAUCUGGUGAAGAAGCGUGAGAAGAGGAAGCAUGAGUCGCUAUUGACAGACGUCAUCAGCAAUAGUAUCAAGUACUUGAACCAGUUUUUGCCGCCCGAACAUGUGAUCCAGUACAUACAUAUAGACAUGGCCCGGAUGAACAAGGGCGCGGAUGCCAAAGUGUUGGAUAAACUAUCCACGAUAGCUCACACAUCAGUGCAACGCACGGGUUUCUUCCUGAGCUGCGCGGGGUACGACGAUGUGGGGUCGGGCCCGGGGCACCAGACGGGGCACCGGGCGGGGCACCAGGCGGGGCGCCUGCAGACGGGGCUGGUGCGCGUCAACUGCGUGGACUGCCUCGACCGCACCAACACUGCGCAGUUUGCUAUUGGCAAGUGCGUGCUGGCUCACCAGCUCCACGCCUUGGGGCUGAUCGAGGAGCCGCUGGUGGAGUUCGAGUCGGACUGCGUGCGGCUGCUGGAGGGGCUCUACGAGGACCACGGCGACACGCUGGCGCUGCAGUACGGCGGCUCCCAGCUGGUGCACCGAAUAAAAACCUACCGCAAAACUGCGCCGUGGUCGUCUCACGGGAACGACAUAAUGCAGACUCUGAGCCGAUACUACUCCAACACGUUCUCAGACGCGGAGAAACAGAACACGAUGAACUUGUUCCUGGGCUUGUUCGUGCCUGACCCGGGCAAGCCUGCCAUAUGGGACUACCCCAGCGAUUACUACUUACAUCACCCGGAGGCGUUUGUGUAUAUACCUAGGAAAAAUUCACUAACAAAAUGGUGGGACGACGAGGUGCUACGCUACCUGCCGGUGCCGUGCAACGAGAUGCGCAAGUUGUGCUGCGAGGUUAUCGGUAUGCAGGGAGACAGUUCUCGAGCGCUCGAGAUGGUGGAUACCUAUCACGACUAUCAUCGGCCUUUUGAAUAUACCGUGUUUGCUGAAUGUUUCGAGUUCAAGAUGUGCCACACGCGCGAGCUGGCGCCCGUGUUCUCGCAGAGCUGCAGCCCGUUCAUGGUGCGCGCGCGCGCGCCCGCAACGCGCGCGCCCGCCGCCGCCUCUAACUCCAGCGAUUCGAACAGCGACUCUUCAUCAGACGAGGACCUGACGUCAAUGAGCGGCCGCGCCGGCCCCCCCUCGCCGCUGUCGUACGCGACACAAGUACUAAACAAUGAGGAAACUUGGGAGGAACCCCUUUUCCCGGCUAUAAGGCGGCAGAACAGAGUCCUAUUGGCUCAUCCUACCAAGCGAGAUAUGACUGUAUACAGACGGUAUGUGAACUUCGAGCGGAGAUCGAACCCGAAAUACAACUCGGACAUUCACGUGGUAUUGACCGUGAGCAGCGCGUUUUCCAUUGACAGCUCAGUACACGUCAUCCCCCCCACUGUGUCCAAACGAGCGAGAGAGGUAUACAGAGACUACGUGCGCCGCGGACAAGGUUACGUGGCAACCCCGCCCAGCUCCAUACACCUCUAUAACAAAUAUGUUGAACUCAGUUUCUGAAUAAAUGUGCAAUAUUUUAUCUACA